CUUUUUGGGUUGGUCCACGAAUACUCACAAUCACAGAAGACCGUCCUUCCCGUUUGAAAUUAGCAUAGGGCAGUGUAUAUAAAACCCGCCUGUGAAAGUGUGAACUAAUUUAGCUCUGUUUUGUGAACAAAAAUAUGCCUGAACCAGCGAAGUCCGCCCCAAAGAAGGGCUCGAAGAAGGCCGUCACCAAAACCGCCGGGAAGAGUGGGAAGAAACGGAAGAGAUCCAGGAAGGAGAGCUACGCUAUCUACGUGUACAAAGUCCUGAAACAGGUUCAUCCCGACACCGGAAUCUCCUCCAAGGCGAUGGGAAUCAUGAACUCUUUCGUCAACGACAUCUUCGAGCGCAUCGCCGGUGAAGCGUCUCGUCUCGCUCACUACAACAAGCGCUCCACCAUCACAUCGAGAGAGAUCCAGACCGCCGUGCGUCUGCUGCUACCCGGUGAGCUGGCCAAACACGCCGUGUCUGAGGGCACAAAGGCUGUGACCAAAUACACCAGCUCAAAGUAAAGCGUCACUUGAUCUGAUCAAUGAACCCAAAGGCUCUUUUAAGAGCCACCCAUGUUCUCUUUUAAAAGAGUUUUAGUUUUUCUGCAUAUUUUUAUAUUUUGUACUAGUUUAAUGGUGUUCUAAGUUACUCUUAUUUUAUAUUUUAAAGCUGGCUAAUGAAAUUAAACAUCCUGUAGUUACUUUGGAACAUGGAUUAAGUUAUCUGGUGUGGUAAAUAUUAACACGGCUUUGGCACAAAUAAAAAGUACCUUGCCACAUUUUCAUUAUUAAGAAAGACUGGGGCAGCCAGAAUACAAUAAAGCACAGGAACAUUCAUUCAAGUUUGAGUUUGUCCACUAGGGCAUUUCUUUUAAUUUAUUUAAAAUGAGCAGAUUCAUAAAUGUUCUGCAGUAAAUUAGCUUCUUAAUCUUAGGAGGUUGAGGCCAAAACUGUACAUAUGUGGAUGAUGAUUCUAAUUUGUUAAAACUGAGAUUAAUAACAGAAAGGUGACAACUGCUCACAAAAGUUUGGAAACUGACUACUUGAUCUGUUUUGUCUUAUUAAAGAUAUUCCAUCUGAAAUGAGCAUCAUAAA